AUGAUAGAAGCGACAAAUAAGUUCUGCGAAGGAGGUAGCAGCGGUUGUCAUAAUGUAGGUCGUAUUUUGUACGACGUUCCUUGUGCUGUGUGCCGUGAUCACUCAUCGGGGAAACAUUACGGAGUGUUCGCAUGCGACGGCUGCGCAGGAUUUUUCAAACGGUCUGUGCGGCGAGACCGACGCUACGCCUGCAAAGCAAGGAACCCUGGUGCUUGUUUGGUUGAUAAGGCACAUCGAAAUCAAUGCCGCGCUUGUCGCUUAUCUAAAUGUCUAGAUGCCGGUAUGAACAAGGACGCUGUGCAACAUGAAAGGGGGCCAAGAAAUUCCACGAUACGAAGACAAAUGGCCUUAUUUAUGAAAGAUUCUACGAUUCCAGCCACUGAUAUUAGCUUACCAGUGCCUCCGGUCCUAGAUUUAGCCCUUCCUAAACACACAUUACUGCCACCCCCACCUCCUGUUCCGCUUUUUCAUACGUACCAUCCAUAUAAUAGACUCAGCUUCUUGACGUCUCCCUUGACAUCGUGCCAUAUGAAAGCACCAUGCCCACCUUCUAUUGCUUCUCCACUUCUUAGUCCAUCUGACCCAGAAGCGAUGUGCGAAGCAGCUGCUAGGUUAUUGUUUAUGAAUGUCAAAUGGGCAAAGAAUGUUCCCGCCUUCGCAUCACUGUCACUCUCCGAUAGAAUUUUAUUAUUAGAAGAAUCAUGGCGAGAUCUUUUUAUAAUUGGGUCAGCUCAAUUUUUAUAUCCUCUUGACUUAAAAAUUCUUCUGAAUUCAAAAAAUUUAAAAAUAGACCCUAAAGAGAUAGACGAAUUUCAAACAGCAUUAGAGGAAUUCGUUAAAAAACGUCCAGAUAGUAAUGAAUAUGCUUGCCUACGGGCUAUAGUUUUAUUUAAAACCAGUUUUGGGGACAAAUUAAUAGGAAGUCCAUCUCAAACAAAUGUGGAAAUGAAAAAGCUUCAGGAUCUUCCUGCAGUAGCUGCUUUACAAGACCAUUCUCAAGUUGUACUCAAUGAGUAUACAACACGCAUAUAUCCCCUCGACGUUACGCGCUCAAGUCAGUUACUUCAAGUUCUGUCUAUAGUGAGAAGAGUUUCCAGUGCUACUAUUGUAGAGCUAUUUUUUCGCGCCACUAUUGGUGAUAUCCCCAUUGAAAGGAUCAUUAGUGAUAUGUACCGAAGUGGUAAAGACAUUUCG